AAUUUAUGAUGACAAGAUAAAGUCUUGUUCGAUUGUAUAAAAGAAAAUUGUUACUUAUUAAAUAAUUGUUCGAAAUGGAGUGUCCAUGUAGGUGGGCAGUCCUUUAUACGAUCAUAUUUUUUAUAACACAGACUACAAAUGUAUUCUGCCAAUUCGUAAAAAUAGAGGAAAGACCAGCUUAUUAUGAAACGAAAGAUGUCACGAAAAGAGAUGUCUCAAAAUAUUUUAAUCCAUCUUCGAAAACGAUAGCCGAAACAUUUCUUACAAAUAUCCAAGACGAUAGACCAAAAACGCUAAAUGUAAUAUCACAGGUACCAUCGUGCUAUUCACAGGAACCUACACUUUUUGGUCAAUCAGCUUUAUCUGGUAAUAACCCUAACGUGGUAUUUGCACCUUCGUGUGCGACUUUACCGGAGCUCAUAUCUUGCAAUGGAAUAAUUCCUCUAGAAAAUUACGCAAACGCGAAUCAACAAUCUUCAGUCUACCAAAUUUCGCAACCCACAAACGAUUUGAAUUAUUGUCCUGUUACUUUAAAAAUUAAUCCCUCAUCUAUAAUGUUACCAACAACAAACACUCAAUCCGGAAUUGGCGAAUUUUUAAAUGAAAUAAGUCGAGGGGGCGUGUUUCAAGAGCCCUUUGUGAUAAAAAAUGGAUAUGAGGAUGGCAUCCCUGUAAAUUUACAAAUCAAUAUACCAUCACAAAAUACUCCAGCACCAAGAAUUACUGUUGUUUCUGCUACACCAACGCCUGUAACUUCAGCGAAUUCUGAAUCAGUUAUUCCUUUUCCUCAAUUCGGGUAUCCACCUCCACCAGCACCAAUUGUAAGGAAGAAAUCGCGAUGUUGGAAAAAUUUGCUACCAAUAUUAUUACUGGCAUUGUUAAGCGAUCAAGGUUGCGGUAAUGGAUGUUGCUGUCCUUGCAAUUGCUGUUGUAAUUCGGAUAGUCCUAUUCCGAUACCAUACCCGAUUCCAAUACCCGUAAAUAGUCCUAUCAUAAAUAACCAAAAGUCUUCAUGCUCCUCUCGUAAACGAGGGCAUAGAGAUAAUGAAGACGAUGACGAUGAAUGUAACUAAAAGAACAAAUUUGUAAAUAUAAUGAAUAAUAAUUUAUUUAAUAAAUUUUUUUUAGUAGU